CUUUGGGGCAGUCCAUUCAUGAUGCUGCAGUGAGACAACUUCCACCAUAAUUGAGGAGGAGGACAUCUACCGUGUCCACGCUGACAGGAUGUUACUGAAGGUGCUGCUGGUCGUCCUGUGUGGCCUCCCAGCCUCGGUCUCCGAGGCUCAGCAGGGGCCUCUGCCGCUGCUGAUGGUGUCGUUCGACGGUUUCCGGGCAGACUACCUGCAGAGGUUCCCCAUGCCGAACCUCAAGCUCCUGUACAGCCAGGGGGUCCUGGUGGAGCAGCUCACCAACGUCUUCAUCACCAAGACCUUUCCCAACCACUACACCCUGGUGACAGGGCUGUACGCUGAGUCCCAUGGUAUCCUGGCCAGUCACAUGUACGACCCCGUCAGCCACAAGUACUUCCACGCCGGCCAGGGCGUGGACCCGAUGUGGUGGAGCAAAGCUCAGCCCCUGUGGAUCACGGCACUGGACUCCGGCUACAAGACGGCGGCCAUGAUGUGGCCCGGCUCCGACGUUCUCAUCAGCAACCGCACAGCGACACACUUCCUGCACUAUAACCCUAACGUGACGUUCCGGCAGCGGAUAGGGAACGUGACAAAGUGGCUGCUGGGAAAUGGAAAGGAACCGGGAGUAAAGUUCGCAGCUCUCUACUGGGAGGAGCCGGACAUGUCUGGACACACAUACGGCCCAGACAACACCACUGCCAUGAGCCAGGUGCUGAAGGAGGUUGACGACAACAUCGGCCUGCUGGUGUCGAAGCUGAAGUCCACCGGCCUCUGGGGUCGAAUCAACGUCAUAAUCACCAGCGACCACGGCAUGACUCAGCUGUCGACCGAGCGCAUCAUACGUCUGGACGACUGCAUCCACCCGGACGAGUACACGCUGGUGGACAGCUCCCCCGUGGCAGCCCUCGUCCCACAUGAAGAUCCAAAGACAAUCUUCUCUCGGCUGAGUACGUGCCACCCCAGUAUGACAGCCUAUCUGAAGAGGGACAUCCCUGAUAGGCUGCACUACCGGAACAACAAACGUAUCCAGCCAAUCAUACUGGUUGCUGAUGAAGGCUGGACCAUCGUGCAGCGAGGGAACACGCUGUCCAAAAUGGGCGAUCACGGCUACGACAACUCCCUACCCAGCAUGCACCCCUUCAUGGCAGCGGUGGGGCCCAGCUUCCGUGAAGGUUAUCGAAUCAGCAAUUUAAGGAGCGUGGACAUUUACCCUCUCAUGUGCCAUCUGCUGUCGGUGCCCCCCCGGCCCAACAACGGCAGCCUGAGCCAGGCUCGCUGCCUGCUGGCUGCCGAGGCCUGUGGGAACAUCUCCCUGGGGAUCAGCCUGGUGCUGGGCAUCUUACUGGUCCUCGCCAUAGUUUUUUUUCUUUUCAGGUGGCGGCGAAUCCACCGGCAGUCGCGCUCCAGAGCUUUCCAGUUGCUGAAGAUGGACGACGAUGAAGAACUCCUGUUUGAGUACGACAGUCAGACCCGGUCACCUAGUUGAGCUCCAAUAGGUACUUGCACUUAACCCACUCAGGCCGCCGCCCUAGAUUUCACACUGGCAUGGGUGCACUGCAUGAAUGUGCACACACAAACAUGCAGUAGAAGGAGCUGCUGUUUAUGAAGCCUUCAGACCUACUGACUCACGGGCUGUAUUCAGAAAGCAUCCAUGUACCAAGAGUUUUUACUACUGACCAAAUUUUAAAGAAUUUAUCCUUUAAACUUCAAACCACAUGUAUGUGUCUUGGCCUGCACUGUCAGUAGACUUUAAUUAAAGAUGGACGACCACCACUUUCACAUUUCUGUACAAAAAUGAAGCCAAAAUAUCCCAGGUACAGAUGCUUUGAUUCUUUUAAUUUCAAAUACAUUAAGUAUUAAAUUAACCAGCAAAUAAACAGAGAGUAUCAGCAUUUGUAGCCCUGUUUUAAAGAGCACUGUUUUUGUACUACUAAAAGUAGUAAUUUUAGGCAAGUACUAAGUUAGUACUACUUAUAAGCCACUUUUAUAUGGGCUAUUCCUGAUUCCUUUAUAGUUAUAAUAGCCUUUUUAUAAUCACGUCAUGUCCUAAAGGAGACUAAACUUUAUGAUUAGGCUUAUUGAUAUCACGUCCAUUCCGUCCAGGAGAUAUUUAUAUAUUUUAUGUAUAUGUACCAUGUGAUUGGUAAUUUUCCAUAUUUUGGAUCGGACCCCUUUUAAAGAGUAGGUCACAACAAACCAGCAAGUUCUGAGUCUCCAUGACUCCUUAGUAGAAAUCUUUCUGAGGGGAUGUUUGUGCCAACGCCCCCGGACGUGAAGUUGUACAAACAGCUGUAAGACAUAAUAGUGAACACUAGUGGUGGUUCUAUAAUUUUUCAUAAUGUUACUGCUGUAAGAAAAAAAUCAUUUUACGAGAGACUUGAACCUGUGACGGGGAACCAGGGUUGUUCUGAGGAAAACUCUUUUUAGAUAUUUUAGACGCUACUGAUUUUAAGAGAUUUAUUUAAUAUAUUUCUGCGGGAACUGAGGUUACCUUCAUUUUAUGAGAUUUUUUAUGUAAAGUGUAGUGUAGCUAUUUUGUCAGAAGAGGGAGCCUGUCACAAAUUUUCUUGUGCAAUGAGAAAACUCCCUCACAGAUGUAGACGUUCUUAUGAUUGUGUUUAUUUAGAUUUUAUUUUGAACUGUAGCUGUUUUAUUUUGGAAACUGAUACAAUCUGAAAUCAUAAUUUAUUUCUUAUUUUUAUUAAAUUAUAGUAUAAUAGGUAAAAAUCCUGUUUGCAGUACUUGAUGAUGGAAGUAUUCCUUCUUAUUAAGUACAAACCUCUUUAAAAGAGAAAUACAAAUACACUGUUCACUCACAUUUACUCAAAUCUAAAGGACAUUACUUUGUGUUUUGUGUGUUAGGUCGAAUUAAAGGGAAAUAAAAUAAGAAUAAAGUCAAACUUUUAAUAUCAAUAUGGCCCCAUUACUCGGCCUGAGACCGAAAGACUAACACAUUGUUGGUUUUGGUCUUUUAUAGGAGUUGUUGACAACAGCGACACUACAGAACAACACAUGCUUCCGACCACACAGUGUUUAGGGAUUUUUAUGUGUGUGUGUGAAACAUCAUCAUUCAACUGAAACUAAGGGAAGAAAGUCCACGUCUAAACUCUUUCCAUGUUCUAUUGUUGCUCAUUUUUACACCUCGAUUGUCAAAAAGAGGCUCAGAGUCUCAAAAGUAUCAUAUCUAUCAUGUUGGAUCAUUAAAGUUACUGUUUCCCUGGGUUGGGAAGUUAAACUGAACUAUGCAAUUUCUGUCUGUAGUUUCAAAGACAUUUUCAAAGACAAAUAAAUCUCAUCAAAAGUCUGGACUUCCUGUUUGGUUACUUGAAGCAACGUAGGAAUAAAUGGAAAGAAAGAUCGACACGCGUUUGGAAAAGUAAUUUAUAUUCCUUUAUAUAUAUUUUUUUUUUUCUCCAUAGCAGUCACAAUGUUACAAUGUAAUAAAAUGGUAAAUAUAUAAAAUCAAACUCAAUACAGACACGAACAUCUCUGUAUCAUGUUCAAAACCAAAUGGACUGUACAUGUUUUCCAUUUAUAUCUGUUUUUAUAUCAUUUAAAAUCUGUCAUCAUUUCUAUGUAGUUACUGUAUCACUGUAAAUCUUUGUCUCUUCACAGAUAAAUAGACUUUAUUUUUCAGGAGGUAUUGUAACAAAAAUAACGUAUUUCCUAACGCCGGCUGCCUGGAGCCUCUGAAAAUAUCAUUCAACUCUUCCCCAGAAUCCUUGAACACGGUCGUAGACACAGAAAACACGAACCAGAGACGUCAGAGCUUCUGGUUUCAGCCGGUUUACGGUUGGUCGGAAAAAACAUUCGGUGUGAAUUUGAGAAUCUCUCCAGUGAGCAGACGAUUCCUGAAUGGUGGGUUUUUGUUUUGUAUUUGUUUUAAUGAGCUGACGCAGGAGCGGUUUGAACACGGUUGAUGACGACAGCCAUGGUUUCUGUCGUGAAGCCAGGAGGUGUGAGCCAGACAGCCGCUGACAAACAGCCAAUGGGAUUUCAUU